AUUCACUAUAUGUGGUCUCCCACCGUACACAACGUGGCAACACAAUUAUUUUAGUAAAUAUAAACUGAUAAAUACAUCUUGUGACUUCUAUCAGUGUUCAGCAGAGCACUUGUUACAGCUUGUAGGAGUAUUUGUUUUGCUCUAGGAAGAUGCAGAACUUCUGACCUCUGUCUGGACAGUGCUAAUUGGCCCUGUUCUGAUCACAUGCACUUUCACAAGCAAACAAAAACCUCUCUAGCAAUACACACCAAAACUGAGCAUGUGCAUAGUGACACCACAAGAUAUGUCUUAUCAGGAGAUAAGAGGGGGACACUGGAAGAAGGGGAGGAUCAGAGAAGUCAGGAUCAAACAGCAUUUUUACACAAUCCAGAGGAUUAACCCCUUAGGUUUCACAGGGAGUAUAACAAGCAUGCUAUACUGCAUUUACAGACUGAUUUUAGUGUUGUGGGGU